UCGUUAUCGUUAAUCUACCGAAGCGACACCGUAACGACAAAACCUAUUCUAUAACUUUCUUGAAGCGACAAACGUCGUUAAUGUAGCGACAAAUGUCGUUAUGGGUAUCGGUAGUAUAUCGAGCCCUAAAAGACCUCUCGCUAAGAGCGUAACGAGUAAUGUCGAAGCGUUAACCAAUGGGAAUCCAAGAAAACCUCUUCUCUCAUUGGUUCCAUCGUGACAUUUAAAAUAUAUACAGAGACUCCCAACCAACAAGCUUUAAUUAAACGCAAUUUAUGAAUUUAACCAAACAGCAAAUUUAGCUUUUGUAAUUAUUGACGUGGGUAUUAAUUUUGCAAACAAUGGCAGAACAUUUUCUCGAGUGGGAACUUCUAGUACUAGAAAUUCGAGUACGCCAAUUAGAAAGACGAAUAGAGAUGAGACGUCUAAGAGAUGCACAAAAUCCAUUUGACCUUCCUUCCAAUGAAUUUUUAAAACAUUUCCGAUUAAGUCCAGAACUUGCUAUGGAUAUUGUCAAUACACUGCGUCCACGAUUGGAAAGAGAAAGAAUUCAUGGCUUAUUACCAGAAGUAAAAGUAUUAGUAGCAAUUAAUUUCUAUGCUAAUGGAAGCUACCAAAAUCCAGUUGGUGCAAAUAUGAACUUGAUAGUUAGUCAACCAUCCGCUAGUCGUUGCAUUCGUAUGAAAAGAAAAGACUAUUUCAAAUACUAAUAUGAGAAAAGAUUGCAUUAAGUAGUGUUGAAACUGCUUUUUAAUAAAGAGCUAUUGAAAAACUAUGAACUUCGCUGCUGUGAACCACUAUUUUUAAUUUGUAUCCUUUGUAUCUUUCAGUGUUCACAAACUCAUCU